GCCAACCUUCCUCCAUCUUCUCCCCACCAUCCUUCGUUUCCCUUUUCUUUCCGUCUGCUUCAACACUCAUUUGAAUACCAUCUAUCCAAUUAUUUUCGCACACACUUAGCGACACUAUGGCCGCGGACGUCCCUUCAGUCCGUGUGUUGCCCACCCUCGACCCCGCGGUGGGGCACACGUUCGCCGCGCCCACCAAACGCAUCCACGAGCACAGCGAUGUCUCCGAAUUCUUGUGUUCUAAAGCUUAUGUGGACAUUAUGACAUUCCUCCUCCAGCUAAAUCGGUCAAUGUUUCCUGCCAAGCUAGAGGAUGGACGCGUUCAGACUUGGCCCUUGAAUUCUGAUGCUGUGGAAUACUCCGCACCGGUUCGCCAACUUCAGCAGCUGCUCUCUAAGCUAGAAGCAAUUCUCGAGGAAGCUCCCCCCGAUAAGGGACCCCGUAGAUUCGGAAAUAUCAGUUUCCGCAGAUGGUACGAGAUUGUUGAAAGUCGUGUCUCCAGCCUCCUGGAGGAGUGUCUCUCUCCAGAGGUCCUCAAUCGGAAAUCAGCAGACCCCGAGGGGCCUACGGCGGCAGCAGAGCUCAAGGCAUACUUCUUGGGAAGCUGGGGGAGUCCUCAACGUCUAGACUAUGGUACUGGCCAUGAAUUGAGCUUUCUGGCGUUUUUGGCUGGACUUUGGAAGUUGCACGGAUUCCCGCAGAGCACUUUUGGUGUCGAGGAGAGAGCCAUUGUCUUAGGCGUCAUUCAACCGUACCUUGAGCUAGUGCGGACAAUUAUCAAAACAUAUACCUUGGAACCGGCCGGUUCCCACGGCGUGUGGGGACUGGAUGAUCACUCUUUCAUUCCCUAUAUCCUCGGCUCAGCGCAGUUUGCUCCAGCUAUAUCGGAAACAGAUCGAGUGCCAGAAGAGGGUUCUUUGCCGGAUGCGCCUGACCCGACGGGUGUUGCUAAGGUGAAUGUUGUGGAACGGGAACGACGUGGAAACCUUUACUUCUCUGCCAUUGGCUUCAUCUACGAUGUGAAGAAGGGCCCGUUCUGGGAACAUAGCCCAAUGCUCUACGAUAUCUCUGGCAUCAAGACCGGCUGGGCCAAGAUCAACAAGGGCAUGAUCAAAAUGUACAACGCGGAAGUGCUAUCUAAAUUUCCCGUCGUACAGCACUUCCCUUUCGGCUCUUUGUUCAGCUGGGACCGCGAUCCAAACGCCAUACCCCAGCCAUCUACCGUCCACACGUCAUCUGCGCCACAGCCUCGACAAACCGAAGCCCCCCAAGUUUCCGGACCAGGAACCAAAGCCCCAUGGGCCACAUCGCAAGCUGUCCCUCCCACCAGCGGAACUGCUGCACCCUGGGCAACAGCACGAGGCCCGACCAGAGGUCCAACUCUGCCCGACACCUCUCGGGUACCGUCCGGCCCAAUGGCCCCGACGAGGGCUCCAUGGGCAAAUGCAGCUCCAGGGCCGGCUGCUGGUGCUGCUGACCCCCAAGGGGACAUAACGACCAAGGCACCCUGGGCUAAAUGACCUAGUACUUCUGCUUGAUCGAUCUUUAUCUGUACUUAUACCCUUGCAUAAUAUCAAUUGCAUACGAUAAGUGAAUCGUAAAUUGUCGACGCC